UAACUGGUUGUGCGAAUAGCUGGCAUCGGCCCCCGGCGGCUAGAAUCAACGGCUGAUGCGACGCGGACUACGGCAUGGACGACUAAGAGCCGCGACGGAUAGUCGUAGUUGUCACUCGGUCGUCGGUUGUUGAUGUUUUUCAAAAAAUAACCAUAUAGUAAUAUAGUAUAUACAUAUAGUAUGUACAUAUAAUCAUCACAUCGUUCACUUGUCGCCUGCACAACGGCCACGGCGGCUAUGUUUCGUUUUGUUUGGUUAAUCUGUGUCGACUGGAGACGCCUCCAGGCGGCAGCCUGAAAAUUGAUUUCACUCACAUUCAUUACCAAUUAUCGGAAUGUUUCGGCAGUUUUUUGUUUUUUUUUUUUUUGAUAUGAAAAUGGAUAUGACCGCCAUGUAAAUGUCACAGGCCAAGAGCCGAAAUUAACAAAAACCAAAAACAGAAUACAGAGAUAGAAAAAGCGUUGCAUCUUUGCUUCAUUUGGAAUCAUCAUCUACAUAUCUGUCCAUCAUAUCCAUCCAUCCAUCCAAUACACCUGUUUCGCUCAGAAUGUGUAGCGCCGUUGAGUCGGAAGCAAACGUGGCGCCAUCUAGCGAGCGUUGAACCGCAUUUGAAGCCAAUUACAGGAAAUGCUGAAGCACGCCUCCAAUGCGAGCAGUGCCUCUGCCUCCGCCUCCGCCUCUGCCACCGUCCCGCUGCCCGUGCCACCGGUUACAGUGGCUUUGCCGCUCAAUGGACAGCUGCUGCGCACCGCUUCAGCCUGUGCCAACAGUAGCACAAGCAGCAGUAACAACAACAACAACAGCCACAACGGGAACGGGAACGGAAGCAGUGGAAGCGGCAACAACACACCCUCCGUUCAAGCAGGGGCAGCAACAGCCGCUGCAGGAGCAGGAGGAACAGCAGCAACCACCACCACCACGAAUGGCCCUGUGUCAGCCACUGCUGCAGCCGGGGCAGGCUCGCCAACACCCGCAGCAGCUGCCUUGGCCAGCACGGCACGCAACAUUCACCUGCGACCGCCCCAGCCACAGCCGCAGCAACAGCCCCUGAACAUAUCCGCUCUGAAUGCGUCCACCUGCAGCACCCUUCUCAAUGGCGGGUGCCGAGUUUCAAAUGCCGCCUCCAAUCUUCUUAACAUUGCCAUGCCAACGACCCCCACGCCACUGAAACCGCUGACGCCAUUGACGCCAUUGACGCCCCUCACUCCCAAUGGACACUGCAACAGCAAUGGGAGCCUGCACCAUCACACCUACACGAACCAGCACAUCCUGGCCAGCAGCCACCACCAGCAGCAGCAGCAGCAACAGACGCUGCCGCUGCCGGCACAGCCUCAGCUGUCCCACUCCCUGAUGCAGCCCCAAUCGCCACAGCAGCCGCAACAUAUCAGCCAACUUCAACAGCACAAUUACAGCAACUGCAAUAAUCUGAUGGGGAAUCCGAUGCUCCAGAAGCUGUCCAAGCCCGGACCAUCGCCUCGCGAAGCCCUCACCAGCCUGGGUCUGCUGUGCUUGAGUUCCCUGCUUCUGGCGCUGCUCUCGCUGAUCUUCCUGUUGAAGAUCUCGCCGAAUGGGCGCGAUGAUGCCCUGUCCAGGGGCGUGAGCAGCGAGGACUUUAUCAUCGUUUACGACGUGACCCUGGCCUUGUGCGCCCUGUCGCUCUCCCUGAACCUCUGUUGCCUGCUGGUCUGCGCCAUUCAGUUCCUGUUCGCCGUUAAGCUGCGUUCGCCAGCCUUCGAGGGGCGCGACAACAAGUAUCUGGAGAAAUCGAGUGCCAGUCGCACGUGUGCGGUUAGCGGAUUCUUCAUCUCCAUCCCGGUAUUCCUCACCGGCAUCAUUCUCUACACCUUCAAUCACUUCCACUCGACGCCCGCCAUCAUCACCAGCGUCCUCAUCGGCGUGGGUAUCGUCUUUUGCGGCGGCGCCAUGGUCCACAAUGUGUUCGUCUGGCAAAAGGAGAAGACCAUCAGCUAUCGCAGUGCCCCGCUGCACGGGACUCUUGUGGGAUCGCUGCCACACAACAUGUCGCUGCUAUCGGCGGCCCAGCUGCCACUGCCACUGCCGCUUUCUCUUCCGCCAGUGCAGUUCCAUGCUGCCUCUCCGCCACCACUGGCCCCGCCACCAAUGCAGCUGUACCAGGGCCACCAUGCCUGCAUGCUGCAGCCCACCUCGGUGACACCUGUCUCGCCGAACCACUCGCACGGUAGCUUCAAUCCCCUGCUCUGCAACAACACCAUGGGUGGCGGAGGUGGAGCCAUCAAUUCAUCAUUUCUUGUCCGCCCGGCCACGGCGACGCCCCCCACGCCGAAGCCCAUAGGCGGGGGAGCCGGAAGCUGUCUGGUGGGUCGCGAGGCCAGCGGGUCAGUCAGUCCGGGCAUCCCGCCCACGCUCGACAUGAGCAACAUCACAAUCUCGCUGCACGAGCUUUCCACGCUCGUCUAG